ACAUGUGUGAUUUGAAAUCACGACCCUAUUUUGUAGACAAAUUGAGAGGGUAUUUAAACUGGAGGACAGGCCCAGUCAGAAAAAUAAACUGGUAGAAAGGCCAGAGUCAGUAAGAUGAAUCCGAAACUUCUAAUACUCAUCUGCGUCAUUGUGCUGUCAUCUGCCUUACCUAAAAAAGGUGGCAAAAAGGGUAAUAAAAAUGAAAAAGAUAAGUUCUUUAAGAAUUUUGUGGGUGUCCUCAAUAAAGAGCUUGAUGAGAUCCUUGAUGAAAUGUGUACUGGUAUUGAUGAUGGGACACUGGAAAACACUGACGACGCAUAUAAUGAUGUGUUUAAAAUGAUUGAUCCAGUAUGUGACGAUUUAGAGGCCUACAUGGAAGGACAAGACGCAGAAGCGGAAAAAGUUGAAAAUGAAGGCGAUGUUGCUGAAUAUGCUAAAAAAGGUGGCAGAAAAAAUAAAAAGAAAGCUGAUGCAAAGCACAUUCUACAUGUAUUUUGUCGGAAAUUGAAACAUGAAAUGGCAAAUGGUUUUCCCGAGGACACUCCACAAGAGUUAUUGGACAUUUAUAGUGAUAUGGAUCCCGUUUGUGUUGAAGUACAUGAUAUAGAAAGGGGAGGCCCUGAAACAGGCCUUGUACAUAUAUGUCAAGGUCUAGCAGAUGGUAAAUUACAAAACUCAAACCCGAAAUAUACCGAAUUAUUUACCAGAAUGGACCCAAUUUGUAUCGAACUUCUUGAUUACGUUGGCAAUACAGAAGGUGGUCCUCCCGCUGAUGAUCAAGAACUUGAUGUAAAGGCUAAGAAAAAUGGUAAAAAUAAUGGGAAGACAGAUCAUAGUGCCGUGGUGAAGCUUCUACAAUUCUGCUGGCGCCAUGAGGAGGUGACAAUGAAACAAGGACUUCCCGAAGAUAUGCCAGAAGAGCUAAAGAAAGUCUUAACUGACAUAGUUCCUAUUUGUGACGACGCUAUGGUCAUAUCCGAAGGAGGGAAACCUAAGUGGAGUUUUAACUAUUUGUGUGAAGGUCUUUCAUCAGGUGAAGUAAAAAACACCGAUUCUAGAUUUAAGAAGGUGUUUAAAUUACUGAAACCUGUCUGUAAUACAUAUUUAAGUGGAAGAAGCCAAUUUGGAGCAAAUAACAGUAAUACUUCCGUCAAAGCAAAGAAGGGUAACAAUAAAGGUGGAAAGAAAGGGGACAAUAAUAAGGCUGUGACUAUUCUCCUAUCAUUUUGUGAGACUGUGGUUAUGGUACACACGCAAGAAGUUCCUGUAGGUAUGCCGGUUCAUGUCAUACAAAUGGUUAAAGACAUAGAACCUAUCUGUAAACUUGCUGAGAAGAUUGCAUCUAAAAUAACUGAAUAAUACCAUGGAUAACGGAUAGUUACAGUAACGUAAUGGACAAGUUAAGAAACAGUUGAACUUUUUUGAUUUUUGUGAAAUGAUGUGAAAUGUACCUCCACUUUUAGGUUUAAGUUAAAAAUCAACACUUAACAAACAAAGAAAAAGCCUUCUUACUGGAUCUGACAUUACUUGUCUAUGACUUGAAUAAAAAUAUUGUUCACGGAA